AUGGCGGCUGCAAUCUACAAUGGGCCUCCACAGGCAGUGUUACAUACACUGUCAAAUGCAGAUGGCUCAGCAACCUACACAGAACCAGGGAGCACCUACAAGAUCAUUGCCGGUGUCAAUUACCCAGUGGAGGUGCCACUUCGAAGCAAUGAAAUCCCUGAAACUACAUUGAUUGAUGUCAAUCUCCGCCCGCACAAUGGCGCAGGCAUGGUUAAAGAACGACACGUGGAACAGCUUGUCAAGAGAACACUGCAAUGUCUCGUUCUUGGAGAGGAGACGCCUCGAACGAUGUUGCAAGCCACUCUUCAAGUGGUGGGUGUUCAGAGCGACGAGUCGUUACCCGGUGGCAUGAAGGGAGGUGGUCAGGGUGAGACGUAUCUCGAUAUCUUGCCAUCUGCCAUCAAUGCUGCGGUUUUGGGAUGUGUCGAUGCAGGAGUUCAGAUGAGGACGGUUGCGGGAGCAGCACUCGUUGCAAUUGAUCACCAGGGCCAGUUGAUCGUUCACCCAAACGUCACACAGCGAAAGAGCAGUACCAGUCUUCACGUUUUCGCUUUCACCAGUGAUGGGAAAACAGUUCUCAUGGAAAGUGAGGGUAACUUCAAACCAAAGGACUGGACCCUAGCAGAAGAGGUUGCCAGGUCAGCGGUCCUGGGUACUUCAGACGUCAACAAAUCCAAGAAUAACAACAAACAAAACGGCGAUGUUGCCAUGAAUGGAAGCGCAGCCAGUGAGAGCUCGGUUAUCUGUAUGCUAGAUGUGAUCAGAAAAGCUCUGGAAGAGCGGGUGAUUAAGGAUGAAAGAUGGCGACAGGACUGA